GAUCUCCGGUCCCUAGUCUGAGUUACCUAGGCAACAGCGGCAGAGGCGGGCCUGACGUCACGGGCGGCGCGCCUCCGCACUGCGGCACUGAGCUGGCUGGACAGCUCCGGUCGCCAGCGGUCCUGCGGGCCAAGCUGCCGCCUCCCUCGUCCUCGCCUAGGCGCAGGGAACCGCUUCGCGCCGCCGCCGGGCUGUUGCUCCUCUCCCCUGUUUCCCUCAAAGUAACCUCUGGCUACCUUAGAACUAAAAUCGGCACUAAUAGCCUAGAGAAGUGAGCAGCACGUGAAGAUUCAUAGGACAAUGCUAGUAUAGAGCCAUACAAACAAGAAAAGCCAAAUAAACACUACCCAGAUCGCACAGGAAAUGGAGCCAGAAACUCCAGAGAAGGUGGAUUCUGCACAAGAGAAAGUCAGAGGCAAGACCCCACCAGCAGAUGAUUCAGAUGAGAGCAGAGAAAAGACUGGCAUAGAAGGGAAAGGAGAACUGACCGACGCCUAUCAACUUCAGGUAGCUGAAGAAAUGGCAAAGGAGAUCAAGAAGAAAAUAAGAAAGAAGCUAAAGGAACAGCUGACCUACUUUCCUCCAGAUACUCUAUUGCACGACGACAAGCUGGCCAGUGAAAAAAGAAAGAAGAAGAAGAAAAAAGUGCCAGUGCCCGCUAAGCCUGAGUCAAGUCCCUCAGAUGUCUGUGACAGUGCAGUUGAAGGGGAACAAAAGAAAGAAGGUGCCCCUGAGGAAUCUCACCACAUGGAGGGAAUAUGCUCAACAGAACAGAAAGUGGAUGCCACUGUACCAGAGAACGCAAAGCCCAAACCCAAGAAGACAAAGAAGAAGACUAAAGCAGUUUCAAAUGAUAAUGAAGACACUAAUGGAGAUGGUGUUCAUGAGAUAACAAGCCGAGACAGCCCAAUUCAUCCCAAGUGUUUGCUGGAUGAUGACCUCGUCAUGGGAGUCUACAUUCACCGAACCGAUAGACUUAAAUCUGACUUUAUGAUUUCUCACCCAAUGGUAAAGAUCCAUGUGGUUGAUGAGCACACUGGCCAGUACGUCAAGAAAGAUGACAGUGAACGUCCUGUUUCAUCUUAUUAUGAGAAAGACAACGUGGACUAUAUUCUCCCUAUUAUGACACAGCCAUAUGACUUUAAAAAGCUAAAGUCAAGGCUUCCGGAGUGGGAGGAGCAAGUUAUUUUUAAUGAAAAUUUUCCCUAUUUGCUUCGAGAGUUUGAAGAGUGUCCAAAAGUCAUUCUGUUCUUUGAGAUUCUUGACUUUUUAAGCAUGGAUGAAAUCAAGAAUAACUCUGAGGUUCAAAACCAAGAGUGUGGCUUUCGGAAAAUUGCCUGGGCAUUUCUUAAGCUUCUGGGAGCCAAUGGGAAUGCAAACAUCAACUCGAAACUUCGCCUGCAGCUCUACUACCCACCUACUAAGCCUCGAUCCCAGCUAAAUGUUGUUGAGGUUUUUGAAUGGUGGUCCAAGUGUCCAAGAAAUCGUUAUCCAUCAACAUUGUAUGUAACCGUACGAGGAUUGAAAGUCCCGGACUGUAUAAAGCCAUCUUACCGCUCUAUGAUGGCUCUCCAGGAGGAAAGGGGUACACCAGUGUACUGUGAACGUCACCGUGAAACAAGUUCCGUGGACACAGAACCUGGACUAGAAGAUUCAAAGGAGGAAGUGAAGUGGAAACGUCUGCCUGGCCAGGCCUGUCGUAUCCCAAACAAGCAUCUCUUCUCACUGAAUGCUGGAGAACGAGGCUGUUUCUGUCUUGAUUUCUCUCACAAUGGAAGGAUAUUAGCAGCAGCCUGUGCCAGCCGAGACGGAUAUCCGAUUAUACUAUAUGAAAUUCCUUCUGGACGUUUUAUGAGAGAAUUGUGUGGCCACCUCAAUAUCAUUUAUGAUCUCGACUGGUCAAAAGACGAUCGCUAUCUCGUUACUUCAUCCUCUGACGGCACUGCCAGGGUUUGGAAGAAUGAAAUCAAUAGCACGAGCACGUUCAGAGUCUUACCUCACCCCUCCUUCGUCUACACGGCUAAAUUCCACCCAGCCACACGGGAGCUGGUGGUUACAGGAUGCUACGACUCUAUGAUAAGGAUUUGGAAAAUUGAUGCAAGGGAGGAUACUGCCAUAUUAGUGCGCCAGUUGGAUGUGCACAAGAGCUUUGUCAACUCCAUCUGUUUUGACGAUGAAGGUCACCACAUGUACUCAGGAGACUGCAUCGGCGUCAUUGUUGUCUGGGACACGUACGUCAAAGUGAAUGAUGUGCAACACUCUGUGCGCCACUGGACGAUAAAUAAGGAAAUUAAGGAAACUGAAUUCAGGGGAGUUCCAAUAAGUUACCUGGAGGUUCAUCCCAAUGGAAAGCGUUUGUUAAUCCACACCAAAGACAGUACUCUGAGGAUUAUGGAUCUGCGGAUAUUGGCAGCCAGGAAAUUUGUGGGUGCAGCAAAUUACCGUGAGAAGAUCCAUAGCACCUUGACGCCGUGCGGGACUCUGCUCUUUUCUGGGAGUGAGGAUGGGAUAGUAUACGUUUGGAACCCAGAGACAGGAGAACAAGUGGCAAUGUACUCUGACCUGCCAUUCAAGUCCACGAUCCGAGACAUCUCUUACCACCCACUGGAGAAUAUGGUUGCCUUCUGUGCCUUUGGGCAGAGCGAGCCGAUUCUUCUUUAUAUUUAUGAUUUCCAGGUAGCCCAGCAGGAGGCUGAAAUGUUGAAACGCUAUAGUGGGACCCUCCCGUUGCCUGGGAUACAUCAGAGUGAGGAUGCUUUAUGCACCUGCCCUAAACUGCCCCAGCAGGGCUCUUUUCAGAUUGAUGAAUUUGUCAACACCGAAAAUAGUUCAUCAAGAAAGAUUCAACUUGUGAAACAGAGACUCGAAACUGUCACAGAGGUGAUACGAUCCUGUGCUGCAAAAGUCAACAAAAAUCUCUCAAUGACUUCACCACCACCAGGCCCUGCAAAGAAGCCCCGGGUAAAGCAGUCGUUCGUGCUGACCACUGAUGAGAUCAUACAUCAGUUUGGACUCCCUCAGACUGCAUUUAUCAGCAUAGAGAGAGGGCCUUUUGUGCGCCAUGUUGAUCCACCACCAAUGGUAGUGGCUCUUUAUGACUACACAGCAAGCCGAUCAGAUGAACUAACCAUCCAUCGUGGAGACAUUAUCCGAGUGUAUUUCAAAGAUAAUGAAGACUGGUGGUACGGCAGCGUAAGAAAGGGGCAGGAAGGGUUCUUUCCAGCUAAUCAUGUGGCCAGUGAAACACUGUAUCGAGACUCCCCUCCGAAGGUAAAGGAGCGCUCCCCUCCUUUAACUCCCAAGGAGAAAACUAAACCAGAAAAGCCUCUGGCUUCUCAAAAGCAGUCGCUCAGUAAGGGCAGACCCCUGGAUUCCAGACUGGGCCCACAGCCUGUGGAGCAUUCUGAGAAGGGCAAAGAUCAAAACGUGGAGGACCGAGGACACAAAGUGGAUAUGGAGACAAAGAAAAGCGAGCCGAUGGUCCGCAAAGUCACCCUGAUAGAGUAAAAAGCUGGAGAAGAAGCAGAAGCCGCCUGAUGAGUGCACAUGAUGUGAAGUCUACGCCAGACGGAGUUCUCGUUAGAUUUUGGGUGAAAAGAAGCAGUAUUUAUUGACCUUAAUAAUCUGAAGCAAAGUUAGCUCUAAAAAGAAAAAAGUCACUGUGGCCUUUGGGCUUGUUAUGAACCAUUGUGAGUGUUAUUGGUCAAAGUAUUGUGCUUGUGCUAUUAGUAACUACAUCAAAAUUAUAUUGCUGCUGCUGGAAAAGCCAAUAGAGAAAACCCCAGAACUGCUACUCAGUAAACGUGAAUAACAGUGUGCCCAGUGUUAGUCAUUCACUAAGCCAUCAUCGUCCUGUGUACCUGUGGCCAUGAUGCUCUGCUCAGAAUGCAGAGACUCUGCUUUUGAAGUUAGCCGUGUGUGAAACACAAGUAGCUUCUGGAUAUUGUGUCUGCAAACAGCCCCAGGAACAAACACGUUAAAAACGCAGUUUGCUUUUGAAAACUAAAUGUUUGUGUUUCCCUUGAGUGAAUGUAUGUCGCUCAGCACUCCUAGACUAAGAAUGAUUUUGGCUGGACUGACAACAGUACACCCAAUUUAUUUUUAUUUUUUAGACAGAGUUCAUAUUUAACAACAUAAGUAACUUAUGGAUAUAAACUCUGUAGUGGUUAUAGUUUAGUCUGAAUAUUUGUUUUUAAAUUAUUACACAGCAUUAUUUAUGUCUUUAGUUUCAGAAUAACAGUGCCAUUACCGUAUGGCUGUGUGUUGCAGCUGGAUAUAGCUGAGACUCCUCCAUCUUGGCUUUCUCUUCACUCAUCCAUUUCUUCAGCUGCAUGAUAAGUCUGUCUGUCAGUAAAGCAUUUAACCCCAACAAGGUCAGACUAUGGUAAAGUUAGAAAAACAUAUUUACCAAAGUAAACAAUUGAUCUCAUUGAAAUAAGAAGUGAGAACCGUACUGUUGAGCACUGAGGUGUAAACGUGCCCAGAUGCACAGCGUGAGGAGCUUCGAGUACACAUCUGUGUGCACAUGUUGUAGAAGCUUAAAAUGGGAACAUGACCCUGCUGUGGAGAGCCUUGGUAGAAUUGUUGUUAGUACUAAAGGAGAUUUCCAGCGCAUACAGGGUGACACUGAAAACUGCUGAAGCCCACAGCCCUCAGCCCCGAAGGCUUGGCGGCCAGUGCCAGCGGCCUUGCUGUGGUUGUGUGUCUGCGUCCCUGGCACACUUGGGCAGGCAGCUCAGUCACUCUGAACUUGCUUCUCUUCUGUCUUGUGAGUGUGCUGCUUGAGACAAUGAAAAAUAAAGCUGUGUUCCU